AUGGUCAAGGCUGUUGCUGUCCUCCGCGGAGACGCGAAGAUCGCUGGUACUGUCACCUUCGAGCAGGCCGAUGAGUCCGCUCCUACCACCAUCUCCUGGAACAUCACUGGCAACGACGCCAACGCUGAGCGUGGUUUCCACGUUCACCAGUUCGGUGACAACACCAACGGCUGCACCUCCGCCGGCCCUCACUUCAACCCUCACGGCAAGACCCACGGUGCUCCUACCGAUUCCGACCGUCACGUCGGUGACCUGGGCAACUUCAAGACCGAUGCUGAGGGCAACGCCACCGGCAGCGUGCAGGACAAGCUUGUCAAGCUGAUCGGUGCCGAGAGCGUUCUGGGCCGUACCCUGGUCGUCCACGCCGGCACUGAUGACCUCGGCCGUGGUGGCAACGAGGAGUCCAAGAAGACUGGUAACGCUGGUCUCCGCCCUGCUUGCGCGGUGUUUCCCUUCAAAAUGCCUUUCGAAGCCCGCGUCAAGUCCGUCCUGUCCGGUGACACGGUCGUGCUGUCGCAUAUCUCUAAUCCCUCACAAGAACGUAUCCUGAGCCUGGCAUAUGUCUCUGCGCCACGCCUGAGGAGAGAAGGUGACGAGCCCUUCGGAUACCAGUCGCGCGACUUCCUCCGUGAGAUCCUUGUCGGCAAGGUUGUUCGUUUCGAUGUCGUCUACACCAUCCCCACCGGCGCCAAGCGGGAGUACGGUGUCAUCACCCUGCCCGGUUCUAACGCCAAGCUCCCCGAUAUCAGUGUUCAAGAGGGAUGGUCUCGUGUCCGCGAGGAAGCUGGCAAGCGAGGAGAUGAGUCGGAGGCUACUCAAGGACUACUUGAUCGUCUGCGUGGGCUGGAGUCUCUCGCCCAGGAUGAGAAGAAGGGUAUUUGGUCCGGUUCCGCCGAGGGUCUCAUCGAGACUAGCUACGAAUUGUCCCACGGGCAAGCUCUUGUGGAUGAACAUAAGGGAGAACAAUUGGAAGGUAUCAUUGAGAAGGUCUUGAACGGAGACCGUGUCGUCUUGCGUCUCUUGGUUUCGUCUCAGGAGCACGUGCAGUCUGUCGUGGCUGUCGCUGGUAUCCGAGCUCCAGCUGCCAAGCGGACUACUGCCGAUGGUAAAGAGCAGGCUGCCGAGCCCUUUGGCGACGAGGCACAGCAAUUCUUCGAGUCACGCCUGUUGCAGCGUAAGGUCAAGGCUUCUCUGCUCGGCGUGACCCCUCAAGGCCAGCUGAUCGCUACCCUCCUCCACCCCAACGGAAACAUUGCCCAAUUCCUUCUUGAGGAGGGUCUUGCCCGCUGCCAGGAUCACCACGUCACCCUCCUUGGCCAGGACAUGGCUGCCCUCCGCCAGGCCGAGCGUUCGGCCAAGGAUGCUCGCAAGGGUAUCUUCACCGGGCACGUUGGACCCAAGACCUCUGGUGCCGCUGCCGUGGACUAUGUUGUCACCCGUGUCCUGAACGCCGACACUCUAUUCCUCCGCAAUAAGGCUGGUCAGGAGAAGAAGAUCAGUAUCACCAGUAUUCGUCAGCCCAAGCCCUCCGACCCUAAGCAGGCCCCAUUCGCUGCCGAGGCCAAGGAGUACUUGCGCAAGCGUGUUAUUGCUAAGCACGUCAUGGUCACUGUGAAUGGCAAGAAGCCCGCCAACGAGGGCUACGAGGAGCGCGAGGUUGCUACUGUCGUCCAGGGCAACACCAACGUUGGAUUGGCUCUGGUUGAGGCUGGAUACGCCUCAGUCAUUCGCCACCGCAUGGAUGACGAUGACCGCUCCCCCGACUAUGAUUCUCUCCUGGCAGCUGAGGCUGAUGCUCAGAAGGAGGCCCGCGGUAUGUGGUCUCCUAAGCCGCCCAAGGCGAAGCAGCUGGUGGACUACUCAGAGAACGUCCAGAAGGCCAAGCUCGAGGUCGGCGUUCUGCAACGCUCAAAGCGCAUUCCCGCUGUUGUCGACUUCGUCAAGUCUGGCUCUCGCUUCACCGUUCUGGUGCCCCGCGAGAAUGCCAAGUUGACUCUGGUCCUUUCGGGCAUUCGUGCUCCCCGAUCUGCCCGCGGGCCGGGCGAUGCUGGUGAGCCUUUUGGACAGGAGGCUCACGAUCUGGCUAACCGCCGCUGCAUGCAGCGUGAUGUCGAGAUUGAUGUCGAGACUAUUGAUAAGGUCGGUGGUUUCAUUGGUUCCCUGUAUGUUGGCAAGGAGAACUUCACCAAGAUUCUGCUGGAGGAGGGAUUCGCAACCGUGCACGCCUACUCGGCUGAGCAGUCUGGUCACGCCAACGAGUACUUUGCCGCUGAGGAGCGGGCCAAGGAGGCCCGCAAGGGUCUGUGGCACGACUGGGACCCUUCCAAAGAGGCUGCUGCGGCCGCUGAGGAAUCCGAGGCCGCCAACGGCACUGGUAAUGAGAGCGAGGCCGCCCUUAGCCAGCGCCGCAAGGACUACCGGGAUGUCAUGGUCACAUUCGUUGACCCUACCAAUGGACGUCUCAAGCUCCAACAGAUUGGUGCUGGCACCAGCGCUCUGACUGAGCUUAUGUCCGCCUUCCGUUCUUUCCACAUCAACAAGGCCAACGACACUCCUCUUCCUGGACCUCCCAAGGCCGGCGACUGGGUCGCUGCCCAGUUCUCUGAGGAUGGCGAUUGGUAUCGGGCCAAGGUUCGCCGCAACGACCGCGAGAAGCAGGAGGCUGAGGUUGUCUACGUCGACUUCGGCAACUCCGAGAGCCUGCCUUGGUCUAGCUUGCGCCCUCUUACCCAGCCUCAGUUCUCGAACCAGAAGCUCCGCCCACAGGCCGUUGAUGCCGUGCUCUCUCUUGCUCAGUUUCCCACCUCCUCUGACUACCUCGAGGACGCUGUUGCCUUUGUGGGCGACCAAACCUUUGACCGCCAGCUUGUGGCUAAUGUCGACAAUGUCGAGUCCGACGGUACUCUUCACGUCACUCUUCUUGACCCGGCUGUUUCGAAGAGCCUCGACCAGAGCAUCAACGCUGACAUCAUCCAUGAGGGUAUGGCUAUGGUGCCUCGCAAGCUGAAGGCUUGGGAGCGUGCCUCCGCCGAGACCUUGGACAACCUGCGUGAACUUGAAGCAGAGGCCAAGGCCGAGCGCCGUGGUAUGUGGGAAUACGGUGAUUUGACUGAGGAUUAA